CAACGAAUCAUCACAAGUAAUUUGAUCAUGAACGGAUUGACAAUUGCAUUUGUUGUUGCCUGUGCAGUUGCUUUGGCAGCUGCACAAAUGCCUGGAAUGCCAGGAAUUCCUGGAAUGCCAGGUGGAGGUGGUGGUGCUGGCGCUGGAUUCGGUGGUGGAUUUGGAAUGGGUGGAGAAAUCGGAGGUGGUGCUGGUGGUGGUUCUGGGGGUGCUGGUGCUGGUAUGGGAGCGAAAGCUGGAUUUGGUUUUGGAGCGCAAGCUGGUGCUGGAAUGAGUGGUGGAGCAGGAGGUGGUCAGAAAAAGAGGAGCGUUGACCAAUUGCUCGCUGCUGAACCUCAGGUUUAUUAUGCUGGAGGUUUCAGUGGACAAUACGACAGUACUCAAGAAAUGAACAAGGGUAGAAGAAUGGGUCGUUCACCGCAAGCGCCACCACAAGGCCCACCGUCAGGCCCACCAUCAGGUCCGCCAUCGGGUCCAAAAUAAUACUAAAAUCCACUAAUUUUUCAACAAAGAGAACAUCUUCCCACUGAAUAUGAUCACGAUUGCACUCUACACAAUACUAUAAAUAAUAAAUAACACUUUGUACAUUAAAAAUGUAGUGGCAAUAAAAAUAAAUG